AAAAAAAAAAGAGGAGAAAGGGAGGAAAAAAAAAAAUAAGGCACCCCUCCUUCCCCCCCAAAAGCCUGGCAGGGGUGUCGGGCUGAUAGGCUCGCCCGGAGGAAAGCGCAUUACGUAGGCAAGCGGCUCCGCUCAACUUGCCACCUGCGCCGGGAGAGCUGCCGGGGAAGCGAGAUCCUGCCGGAGCCCCUCGCCCGCCGCUGGCCGCCCACCCGCCCUCCGCCAUGGACUGCUGCAAUGAGGGAGCCUGCACAAAGCUGGACGAGGACAUCCUGGACAUCCCUUUGGACGAUCCUGAUGCCAAUGCGGCAGCUGCCAAGAUCCAGGCUAGUUUCCGUGGCCAUAUGACCCGCAAGAAGAUCAAAGGGGGUGAGAUUGAUCGGAAAACCAAGGACGCCGAGUGCGCCAACAGCACCCGCGGCGGCGACCUCCGCAACGGCGACUAGGGGCCACCAGCUGCUCACCGGAAACCCCUCGCCACCGACUCCCUCCCACCGCCGCCCGCCGAGGCCCAGGAGCCCCCGCUUCACCCCCUGCCCCCCGCAUGCGUUCCCCGGGGUCCCCCGACAGCCAGGCCCUGCCCCUGCCCCUGGCUGCCCCCCCCCAGCCCAGACACCCCCCGCCCCAAUAAACGCCCCUGCCAGAGCCCCGGCCUGUCCUCGGUGCCUUCUGAUGUCACCGGCAGAGCGGUGAGGUCACAGCGGGCGGGGGGGGAGGGGCGUGGGGCAGGUGUGCCCAGCAGGGAUCUCCCAUGUGUACCUGCAAGCAUGUGCAGGCACGUGUGACAUCACUGCCAGGCGUGUGACGUGACAUCAGGGUGUGGUGUGACAUCACCCGUGGGUGGAGGUGACUUGUGGGGUGCUGGCAUGAGAUGGGCAGUGAUGUCACUACUGGACAAGUGACAGCUGCUGUGACACCAUGCAGGUGUGUGUGAUGUCACUGCUGGAUGUGUGACACCGUGCAGGUGUGUGUGAUGUCACUGCUGGAUGUGUGACACCAUACAGGUGUGUGUGUGAUGGCUGGAGUGACAUCAUUCCACUGAGUGUGAUGUCACAACUAGGUGUGACUGUGGGUGUGACAUCAUACAGGCACAUGUCACAUCACUGCUGCUGUGUAAUGGCAAGUGUGACAUCAUGCAGGCACACAUGACAUCCCUGAUGGACAUGUGACAUGCCUGUAUGGCAUCAUCCAGGCAUCAGUCAGAUGCUGUGAUGUCACACACUCACUGUGGCGUUCUACCUCCUGAUGCAGGGAGUGACAUCACGGUCACAGGGUGUGACGUACAUCAUGAUGUCACCUUACCCUGAGGAGCCUGGCUGGUGCACUGUGACAUCACCCUGCCCUAUGACAUCACCCAGAAAG